UUCCGUCCUCCAUCCUCCUGCCGGCAUGCCCAGCUUCCUGCCCUUGUAUAACCUGGUUAUCCUAGCCAAGUAAGUUGUUAUGGCUAAUGUUCCACAUUUUUAUUUGAAUAGUUCACCAACCCGUGAUGCGUUGACCGCGCGCUACGAAGGCGAAGGUCACCUCCUUUCCGGUAGGAGAGAUGCGGAGAAGAGUCGGGCAAAGCAUAGAAGGAAACCAGUUGCCUGCACACCGCAGGUGAUUUGCAGGCUUCGUGGGCCGCCAGCAUGCCAGCGGCGUCUGGCCAGAGCUACUCCGCCGCUGGAAUGCGAGCAAGAAGACGGAGACUGUCCAGCAGCUCCUAGCGCAGUGCCGCCAACAAGUUAUUUUGCAGCACCUCCAUCUCAGUUCCGUACCUCUGUGAGGUGUUGUCCGCUACUAACUUGCAUUGCGUGGAAUAAUGCGUCUCUUCGACGAAUCGGUGUCCGUCGUCGCUCGACCUGUUCACAACACCUAAGCCUAAAGGGGCGUUUCGUGUUUGUGUGUCACGCUGUGGUGCUGGGCAACGACAUAUUGUUGAUAUCGCCACUACUAACGUUAGUAUCUGUCCGUGUGGCGAUCGGCAGCAACGACCAAGCGGCACGAAUCGACCAGGCUGCAGAUAGGCGGCAUGAAAUCGCUUGCUGCCGAUAGAGGUAUGAGCAGAACUUUGCAGAGCAGCACCAUGACGAAUCGGUCGCGUGGACUGUACCGACCACAUGCCAGUUUGCCAGUCCUGCUCGGAAGUCUGAUUGUUUGUUUCGUGGCAUGUGGUGUCACGUCGGAAGAAGCUACAGUGGGUCCUAAAACUCCUGGUAUUGCAAUCUUUGUUGUGGCAUGGUCAGACGCUAAUCACGGACCGCCAGGCAAUGACAGUGAAGAGGACCUGCGCUGCUCUUCUAACAAUCACUGUGAGUCUCUUUGGGAUGCCAUGAAACUGGCACGUAACUUGCAAUCGCAGCAACAGCAACAGCUCAAUGCUGGUGGUGUGCAGUCUCCGCUUCCAAUAGUGGUGCGCUUGUUGGCAAACCAAACUCUGUCACAGUGUCGCGUGUUGCUGAGGCGGAGGGUACAGCUUCACCACGGCGGUCAAUGCACAGAUUACCAUCCGAUAGGUGUAGAACUGCUCGACUGGCACAUGGCCGAUAUCAUCGUCGACGGCAGCCACCCAGCAGGGGGCUGUGGUCGAUCACUACUUGCAGCCCCCACACCUCUAUCCCAGUCUGCGGGAAGCAAGAACACCCAUGGUCAACGGAGUACUAGCUAUCUUCUAGAUAUCGUCAAUUCCUCGGCCAUCACAUUCCGCAACAUAGCAAUAUAUGCUGAGAACAUCACCGAUGUGUACUGGAACAGGUCAUUGGUACACAUACAAUCAUCGAGACUAAUUCGAUUUGUGGACUGCGUGUUCACAUGCAUGCAAUACGAGCUGUCCGGUGGGAGACGAUCCCUGGCAAUGGUGCGUGACUCGGCAUUCGUGGCGUUCAGUCGUUGCACUUUCCAGCAACGGAAGCAAAUGGCACUCAGCGCACGUGUUGUUGAGAAUGCCAUACUGAGCACACGUAUCAGUCCGUUUCUAGCAUCUGCAUUAGACAUUGAACUGAUGAGUGUUCACAGAAUUGAAGAUCUGUCCGCUGCCGAACACGCCAAGCUAAGCGAAAUUGCGCCUUCGAUCGACGUGGCAAACUGUACAGGUGGUGGCCGCAUAGCAACAACGGGCAGUACAGGAGGUCCUAAACAAGUGGAUGCCAAACUGUUCUACUGUCUUCCUUCAUUGCUGCUACAUCAUUGUUCGGUUGCGAAUUCGGGCAGAGGAGUUAAGUUGGACUAUGCGCCGCAUCGACUUCGUAAAAUCACGAUUAGUACGGCGGUGCCCAUGGCUAUAGGAGUGACAUUGUCUUCGAUGACGGGCCACCGAGUCUUGAUUCACAGCUGUGAUAUCAAACGCACACAAGCGCCUUUGGGUACGUCGGUGAAGUUCUCCAUAGCUCACGAUCGACGCAACCCGCCAUCACCCGGCCCUGCAAAUUCCACAGAGUGGCUGCUGGAGGUUACAAACACAUCGUUCGAGGGGAACAUCGGCUUGUUCGGCGGUGCUCUAAUGGUACUGGCUGAUAGGAAAGCGUCAUUCAUGGGCAAUGUUUUUCUGGACGAUAGAUACAGUAGAAGUGAAGCUAUGACAGCGUGCAACUUGGUACUGGUGAAGGACUGCUACUUUGGUGACAACUUGGCAUUGCGAGAGGGUGGCGGUAUUCUUGUUCACUUCAAGACACUCUUGCCAUGGCCGGGGAGUCUGGUGUUUGUUCAUCUUCAUAACGUCACGUUCAGCAGGAACAGGGCAAUGAUCUUCAACCUCUCGCAACCCGGCGGCGCGCUGACGGUCGUUUCCGACGGUGAAUCAUCGUACGCACCGAGCCGCCUAGACAACAGCACGCUGGCAGGUGGUCUCUGCCAGGGACAAGACCGAAAGUACUUUCCAGUUCAACUUUGCAACGUGACGAUGUCUGACAACCGGGGAAUCGGCGCGUUGUUUGCGAGAUCCACCAACAUGAGCUUGUGUGGAGUAAGCUCGUUCCUGAACAACACUGGCUCAGCUGUGGUACUACUAGGCUCCCGUCUGGUUGUCAGGAACACGCUGCACAUCAUCGGCAACAGAGGAGUCAACGGUGGGGUGUUCAGCAUCCGGGAUGUGUCUUCUGUCACGUUGGCACAGGUGAAGGAUUUGGUUGCAAGAGACAAUCGCGCCACCUACCUAGGGUCGAUUGCCCACGCCGACUCAAGGAGCUCAUCAUUCAGUGCCUAUGAGGCCUUCUUCAGCAAGCUGAACCGAACUUCUGUUGCAGAGGCCUGCCCCUUCAUCCUACCACUGCACUUCGUAACAGGAAAAUCCCAGUCCAUGCUACAGACAUUCUUCAGCGGAAGUAAGGCGGAUGUACCUGGUAAGGAUGUCUCGACCAUCUUCAUGGCCAGUCUGUUCUCCUGCCUCGAUAACUACAAGCCAGUAAUGGCGCAGCUGACACAAGUGGAUGAUCCGUUCUACUGCAUGCCUUACGCACCAGCAAGAUGGGAGCUGUACAGCGGUGAAGUGACUGGUGCAAACAAGGACUACUGUGGGGUCCUGGAGCAGUUCUCUUCGUCAGGACCAUGUCUGGAGGGCUGUGAAGCAUCGGCGAGGGGACUGCAGACACGAGUCACCUGUGCUUUUGGUAACUACACACUGUCAGAGAGUCUGCACAGAGGAAAUGGAACCACUGUAAGCGCGAAUACACGCAAGCCUUGGCAGUGCUGGCCGAAACAACCACUUGGUGAUAGUGGAGACGAAGAGUUCGAAGAUAGACCUGCAUCACCACCAUCGUUAUCAAACCCUCUCGCCCACCCGAAUAUGCCAUAUAAGGCAAGAAAAGGUGUGUGCCCAGUAGACGGCCCUGGUGUAUGCACAGACCCCAAUCCCUACCUGCGCCAACCUCCGUCACUGUGUCAUAGCCGCGUGCAGCAGAUAACCGUUGUCAACUGGAGGUCUCCGCGCUUCCAGAGCAGAAUUCAAAUGCUGCAGUCGCCAUUUGGUUCCAACGUGGCCUGGCUGUUCUUCAAUUCCACCACCACUGCGUGCUACAAGGUCGUUGGUGAUCGUGUCUGGUACUUCUAUGACGGAUGCAGUCGGGACAAGGUCUGGCAGAAUGCAAGCAAUAGCCGGGAACGCUUGCCACUGGAGACGGAUUGCUGGCUACUUCAGCUGGCGCAGAGGAACCACGAGUAUCGCGGCGAGGUGCUGACUGGCAUUGUACCGGGCUACAGGUAUGUGUUGACGCCGUGGGCCUCCUACAUGAACACCUGGAACGGCCGUGCGGGCAUCAACCUGAACAAGGACAACCGCUGUGUGCUGGAGAGUCCGGUGCGGCGCAACCAAUCUCUGCACUGGAUUGGAAACUUGACCCUUCAGCCGGCGCCAGGAGAAGAGUUUGAACUGAGCAUACAGGCACUCGAUGAGUCAUUUGGACAACGCGUUGCAACACUACUGGUUUCGGUCAGUGCUGAACAUGAUGAUGUCGUACUCGGCAGACUUGGCUUUGUCUUCAAGCAUAACAAGCACGAGGUCUUCACCAGCACCAAGCCAAUGCGAGGCCUUCGGCUGUUCGGUAGGCCUGGUGCCAGAGGACACCUUGUCAUCUCCGUUAAAGAUAGACUAACGUUUACUGAUACAUUUGGAGUCCGGUUGACUUUGCGCAUUCCGUUCCAUCUGCGUGAGUGUCAUUUUGGUUACUAUAAAUGGCAGCCAUCAUUAAAAAAGGCUGUGCAACUGAUCCAGGUACUCAACAUGGCGACGACAUCUGACGACGUAUGCCAAGCCUCCACGGACAUCAGAGAUACGCUUGGAUGCAAGUGUUUUUCGGACAAGUAUGCCAGCUGCAUGAAGAGCUGCUCCAACCGGGAGGUGUUAAUCAAAUCACACUGCUGGGCUGGUGGACAGUUCGCCGAUCGGCCAAGUACCUAUGAAGAAGACGCCCCGUACCGCAUCAAGGAACAGUUCACCAUGUCCACGACCGAAUUUUUUGAAUACAACACUGGAGAUCCGCUGGGAAAAGCUCAGCACAAUGACAACAUGUUCACUGCGCAGGCAUGCUCCAAAGAUAGCUGUGCUUACCAUAACGGUUCAAAGUACUGGAUGCUGGGCCAGGACAAUCCGUGCUCACUGGGUACGCGGACGACCGGUCCGCUGUGCUCGACCUGUUUGAAAGACUACUGGUCAUCUCUUGGAUUAUCAUUCUGCGAGCGCUGCACGGGAGGCGUUCCCAUCGGCGUGUUUCUCUUGGUCCUGUUCAUCGCAGUGACCAUUGCUUUCAUAGUGGUGCUAUUGCUGAACAUAGGUGUGACACCACCACUAGACUCAUGGCUCUUCUAUUGCCACGUCAAUUACUGCAUAAACAAUGGGUUCCACACGACAAGGUCUUUCUACACCAACUUCAUCACGCUUGGCGCAGCCAAGAUGUGCAUCAUGCAGCACAUGUCACCGAUGCUGCGGCAGACACUGCUGAUGUGCUCGCCGCUCAUGUCCAUGACGCUCGUCAUCGUGCUGUACACGCUGGCGGCGCGGCGCGUGGGCCUGCGCGUGCUGCAGCGCCUGCAGCAGCGCAAGUCCAUCCGCCACGUGGCCUUCUUCAUCAUCCUGUGGACCAGCGGCAUGCUAUCCUACCAGGCGCUGGUGCUGAUGCGAUGCAUGCCGCUGGGCGAUGGACCGCACGUCCUGGUGAUCGACAGCACAGUGAUCUGCUUCCAGGGCGUGCACAUCUACUACAUGGCCAUGACGCUCUUUAUCAUCGCCGUCUUUGUACUGCCGCCGCCCAUCCUACUGGCCUGGCGGCCCACGCACAUCUUUCCGUCCCUGGUUGGCAUGAUCGACGAGGCCACCUGCAUGUACGAGCCGUCGUGCCAGUGGUGGGCCGUGUUCAACCUCCUGCGGCGCAUCGUCUUCAGUUGCAUCGUCGCCACGGUGACUGAGGGCUUGACGGCCAGGAUGAUCCUGUUGAUGCUCAUGAUCACGCAGGUAGCUCUGCACGGAUAUGUCAGGCCGUAUUGCCGCGAUGCACAGUUGUGGAAGAUCAAGGAUGUGGAUAACAUCAUGGAAUUUGUCGUUCUCACGUUCCUAACCAUCAUGGCAGCAUAUCGCAUCCUGCAGGUAGACAUUCCGUUCGGACCGUCGCGCACCGAAAGUACGUUCGCCUACUCCUUGUUCGCCAUCAUCAGUUUCCUGCUGUUUGUUAGCUACGCUUCACGCUUUACGAAGAGUUGGUGGGAUACCCUGCGGCAGCAUCCUCGCCAGAGUCUAAAGAUGCUGUGGACGGAAGUAAGUGAUGAUGAAGAGGCAGCACUGGCGGCGGCAGCAGCAGCCAGGAACAGCCAUCCCAACAUGACUCUGGAGAUGCUGGCACGGUCUAGGCAACACAGCAGCCACGGCUGCAGAAAUGGACUGCCGGCGGCUGAGAAUAGCUGUGCAGCCGCCACACCGCCACCACCUGCCAAGCUCAAUAGCCACUCAUCAGCACAGGAUGACGAGGCAGUUGACACGAAACUACAAGAACCGCUCCUUAUGGAUUACUUGCUGGAAAAGACGACAUAACAGAUGAUUGGUGUUGGUGGCCAUUUUUCUAGGUAAUAAUUUCUCUGUGCAUGUGUGUGUGUGUGUGUGUGUGUGUGUGUGUCUGUCCCCGGGGAAAAUUGCGAUUCCGCGGCCGCGUUUUUUUCCGCGUUUUUUGCGAUUUCUUAAAAGACCGCGUUUUCCGCGAUUUUCCCGCGUUUUUUGAAUUUUUUUGUUGCACCACACGUACACACAGUGCAUUGUUCGGUCAGCAACGUCUCAUCGUGGCGGCUUUUUACUCAAAUAUGACGAGUGCUUACACCAGAGACUUGUAACUGAUUGAUUUCACUACAUACUCACUGAAAAUUGCCGCACAUCAAUAUUAUUCACCGCAUAUUUACCGCAAAUUCACCGCAAAUUAUGCCAUAUUAUGCCGGGUUUUUCCCCCGCGUUUUUUGCGAUUUUUUCCCGCAAAUUUCCCCGGGGACAGGUGUGUGUGUGUGUGUGUAUGUGUGUGUGUGUGCGUGGCGUGUGUAUGUACAUGCAUGAUGGGAUGGACAGUUAAUGCCGCUGGCACGUUCACACUGCCUGAAUUCAACUGACUUCAUGUUCCCAAUUGAGAUGCUUCUGCCAGUGCAUGCCAUUGUGCCCGCACUAUCCUCCCUGGAUGUACGAGUACAUUAUGUUUGUCUUUUCAGCACAGUGAUGUGCUACUCCUCCUCAAGCUGUCUUAUCAUUCCUUUCUUUACUACCGGCCGCAUUAUCCGGGAUUUUCUCUCCCUUUUGAUCACAGUCUACACAUAUUGACAGCAGCAGGGCCAGACCUUCAAAAGAAGAGUUGUGAAGAAGGAAAUUUGCCACAUUUAAAUAAUGCGUGCAUGCACAAAAAACGUCACACCAGCAUGAUGGGCACGGGUCUGUCACCACCUACCGAUCAUGCUUAUGAAGGAGAAGAUCUAUUGUAAUUAA